AUGAAGGAGAGCCGCGUGCGAUCCGAACAGCAGCCCAGCCCAGCCCAGUCGAGACGGCGGGGGCGCGCAUUACCUGUCCUCAUUCACGCGCAGAGAUGCUGAACGCACCAUCAUCAUCAUAAUGGUUUCUUUCUUUCGUGAAGAACGACACGAGAACAGAUAGAUGAAUGAUCAUGAGAUCGAUGUUUUUACGAUGGAUUGGAGCGAGAGAGCGGAUGACACGAGCUGGACUGAACAUGCGCGGGGUUUUAUUGUGGAUGGAGAUGGAAACGGGUGCAGAGCUUCUGGAACUAUGACAGAUAAUGUAAGCGAGAGCGCCGAUUCAAUUCCACUACAAACUCACACACUCAAAGAAUUUGAACAGCACCUCAACGACCUGAAGAAGGAAAACUUCAGCCUCAAACUCCGCAUUUACUUUCUAGAGGAGAGGAUCCAGCAGAAGUUUGAGGACAGCAGUGAUAAUGUCUACAGAACGGUGAGUGGCUCAGAGGUGAACGCAGCGCUCCGACCUCCAUCAAACCCAGCUGCAGCAGCUCAUCCAGGGUUGCUUGAGAAAUGGGGUGAAACAGGUUUGGAGUUGUAGUCUGUAGGACGGUAGGUAAUCCACAGGCAAAUCCACGAGCAGACACAGAGAGACAGUCCAAACAAUACAACAACCCUUACACAACAAAAAUAUAAUGCGAUAUAGUAUAAUCUAUCUAUCUAUCUAUCUAUCUAUCUAUCUAUCUAUCUAUCUAUCUAUCUAUCUAUCUAUCUAAAUC